AUGCAAUACACUCUCAUUCUUGGAGCUGCGCUCGCAGCCUCCAUCUCAGCCGUCUCUGCUGAGUGCGUCAACGAUGGCGGCAACUGGUAUUGCGACCAGGUCGACUCGAUCAAGUACACCAACUUCGACUUCGAUGGCACCUACGAUAUGGUCACCAGUAUGGACGCUGGUUCUCUCACCUGUGGCACUACUCCAAAGUCGUUCGGUGGCCCAUUCGGCCCCCUAGCGGAGGAGGAUCAGCUCUCUAUGCAUUUCCGUGGUCCCAUGAACCUUUACGGAGUCGCAGUCUACAACAAGGGCCCCGAGAAGCGCAAGCGUGAACUCAAGCCAUCCAUCCACGAGCGCCGUCAUGGCCACUCCCACCAGCGAUUCCACGAGAAGCGCGCCGUUGGAGAUAUCGUUACCGCCGUUAUUGACGGCCAGACCGUCACCUGGAAAAACGAAUAUGGCGGCACUGCUCCCACCGAUGCUCCUGAUGCCGGUGACCCACAGGUCAAGGGCUACAGCCAGCCUGACAACGGCCACAAGAACAACGACAAGCCAAAGUCACCCCCCAAGCCCUCUCCCCCAGUCCAUGUCGCACCUGGCGAGUGGGGUCGUGUUGCCCACUAUAAUUCUAAAGACAAUGAGGCUGAUGGCAUCACCUUUUUCAACAAUGAGGGUGCCUGGGGCAAGGGUGUCACCCAGGGUUUCGGCUGUGCUCUCUCCUACGCUGCUGCAAACAUUUUCGGAAUUGCCUCUUCUCCAGCCGUCCCCAAUAACAGUGAAAUCCCUGACGGCAAGGAAGUCACCAUCUUGACUGACCAGGAAUGCGAAAACGGCAGCUGUGGCUUCACCCGUCCCGGCGCUGCUGCCAACCCUAACCGUUCUCUAGAUGGAUUUGGCGGCACGGACAAGAUCUUCCUCGUUAGCCUUGACAUGCCAUUAACUGGUGCCCGUGCUGAGUCCAUCUACACCCCUGUCGACAUGCCAGCCUUCUGGUUGCUCAACGCUCGAAUUCCCCUUACCUCUCAAUACCCAACUAACAAGGAGUGCUCCUGCUGGGCAUCCGGAUGCGGUGAAUUCGAUGUUCUCGAGGUCCUCGCUCCAGGUGACAAGCGCUGCAAGUCUACCCUCCACGCCGACGUUGCCGGCGGAUCCAGCUACUACUUCAAUCGCCCCGAGAAGCCCAUCACCGUUGCCGUUGUCUUCAACUCUGCCGCCAAAAUCCUCCACGUGAAGGUCAUCGACUACAUGGGUGAAUUCCCUACCACUCUCGACAGCAAGACUGUCGAGGACCUGUGCACCGAUGCUCCGAAGAGCAACACCUUCCCUCUUGGCGCUUAG